UCUAUUUUUUCUUAAAAUUUAUAACUAAUAUUUCAAUAACACAAAUUAGUAAAAUAAUACAUUAAUUCACUGUACGUAUACUUAAUUGGAUUCGUAUCCUGUGGUAGUUGCGUCUGCCUAAAGAUAUUGUAUUAUAUGCAACUAAAUACCAGUAAUAUUUUUAUUUUAUUGCACUUGGAACACUUCAAUUUGUUGCAAGAAAUAUUAAAUUAAAAUUGUUUGAUUAGAUAACUAGAUAAAUAUUUUAUUAUCAUGUAAUUUGAUUGGACACAAUAAUUUUUUAUUUUUCCUAUAAAAAAAUAAAUAAAAUCAAUAACAUAUCAUUGCUAACCGGUGACUAUCACAAAAGUUUUAGCAAUGCCGUGAAUUUAUUUUAUUUUUAUUUUUGUAAGUUACAACCAAUAUCGUUAUAUUAUUACAAAAAAUUAUAGCAUUCUCACAAUAUAUCUCACUACAAAAAAAAAAAAAAAAAAUAGUAUAUUUGUAACUGUUACGUACGGAAUUUAGAAUUAGGUUAAAAGCCCAAGGUAAAAAGAAGAAUGGGCCUGGCAAUAGAGUUGAUUGAAUUGGCUGAAGGACACCAUGAGGAAAUCAAGGAAAAUAGGUUUACCUCAAGUCGGAAGGUCCUCAAGACGGAAAGACCUCAAGUCGGAAGGUCUUCAGGUCGGAAGGUCCUCAAGACGGAAAGACCUCAAGUCGGAAGGUCUUCAGGUCGGUAGGUCCUCAAGACGGAAAGACCUCAAGUCGGAAGGUUUUCAGGUCGGGAGGUCCUCAAGACGGAAAGACCUCAGGUCGGAAGGUCUUCAAGUCGGGGGGCUCUCAAGACGGGAAGUCCUCAGGACGGAAAGACCUCAGGACGGAAGGUCUUCAGGUCGGGAGGUCCUCAAGACGGAAAGUCAUCAGGAUGGGAAGUCUGCAGGUCGGGUAAACCGUAGAUCGGAUAGAAGGUGAAGUCGGGCAGACGCGGAGGUCUGUAAAGAGGAAGGUCGGGCAAGGAAGAGGUACGGACAGACGCGGAGGUCUUCGGUCAAAGACGGAGGGCGGCUGAUGAGGUUGGCCCAAGUGAGGUCGGGCGAAGAAGCAGGUCGGGCGAAGGACGAAGUCGGGCCAAAAGGGCGGAAGGUCUGUAGUCGGCUCAAAGAGUGAAAUAUAGGGAUAAUUUUGGUCUGCUGAGGACGCGUGCCAGCAGGAGAAGGGUUGGAAGGCGGUUGAAAUGGAGACGUUGUAACCGUUCGGGUGACGGUUUUCAGUACGGUUUCCCAGAGAAUAUUUAAAGGCUUGGAUAAUCAUUUGGCAAGGCAUCUUCAAUCAACUUCAACAAAGCAAAGUCAGAUUUGGGGAUCACCACUUUAAAUUUCAGUCUUUUAUUUUCCAGUUUAUUUUCUGUACCGUACAGUGUUUAGAGAUUCCUAAUCUCAGGCACUAAUUAAUCAAGUUUAAGGAUAUUUUCUAUAUCUUUGAAUUUUACUUUAUUUUUGUUGAAAAAUUACAUCAACAAAUUGGCGACUCCACUGGGGAGCAAGACACAAUUGCUCAUUCCAAUUCCAGCGAUAAUUUCAUACGUCUUAGAUCCGGCCGUAUCAUCGAAAGGGUCCAUAUGGCAGGUUCACAACCUCAAUCAUCAUCGGCACCGGUGGGAGAAUCCGUUCCACCACCUAAUGUGCCAAAUGCCGGGGAAAUCCCACAACCACCAACAGAUUGGUGGUCUUAUGUUCAACAAAUGCUGCGUGAGCAACAAACGAACAUGUUGCGUGAGCAACAGAGCAUGAUGCAGAACAUGAUAGAUCAAGCAUUGUCAAUGGUUAGUCUUCAACCCACUCAAACUCCACCAGGAGUAUCACCGUCCAGACUACAGACAAAUUUCGCAGGGCCAUCAUUCGUGGAUAGUAUAUUUCCAAGUGCCACAAAUCCCAACCGAAUGGAUAGGGGAAAGUCUCCUCUGACUUUUCCCAACACUGUUCCACUGGGACCAAGGGUUACCAAUAUGCAGACGAACAAUACAAGGGAGGACAGGCCUGAAGGAUAUAUACAUGAUCCUAUUCAUAUUCCUGUGCAGGAUCCGUUCCAUGUUCCUGAUCAUCAACGCUUUCAUGUAGAUCCUGAUGAGCUUGCACAUAUAUUAAGGGAUCAGUAUGGAUUAACUCCUCAGAUGGCUAACCGCCCUGCAUAUCAGAGACCUUUCCCAGAAAGGAUCAUUAAUGAACACCCUCUCCCAAGGAAUUUUCGACCACCCGACUUUCAUGCAUUCUCAGGGGAGGACGGAUCCUCCACCAUAGAACAUGUUGGUCGGUUUACAGCACAAUUAGGAGAAGUUGGCAAUAACCCUUUUUAUAAGUUACAGCUGUUUGGUUUAUCUCUUACUAGAACGGCGUUUUCGUGGUUUGUAAGUCUGCCUCCUGGACAAAUUCAGACUUGGGAAGGACUGGAGAUGGCAUUUCACGCUAGAUUCUUCAAUCCUUUACCAGUUGUUUCUUUAACUGAUCUUCUAGAAUUGAGACAGUUUCCAGAAGAAUCUGCUUCACAGUUUAUAGAAAGGGUGCGAUUGAUGAAGGGACGAUGUCCUACGGUAAUCAGUGAGAAAGAGAUGACCAAUUUAGUGGUCCGGAAUAUGCAUACUCGUUUAAGAAAGGCACUCACUGCCCUGGAUGUUGAGGAUUUGGCAAGUCUUGCAUCCAAGGCAGGACGUCUAGAGUCUUUGUUCAGAGAGGAAGAUCAGCAUAACAGGCGUAAUAGAGGCCAACAUAUGGCGAGUAUGGGAACAGAAACAUGUGACUUUGAUUUUAAUCAGUCAGAAGAGAUGGCAGCCGAAAUCCUUUCUGGAAAACCGUAUGUAUGCCCUAAAUUGAAGCCAGUACCAGGAUCUGAAGGAAAGGAGCAACCGACCUUUGAUAGUUCGAAAGCUGAUGAAAUCUUUGAUAUCCUACUGACUGAUGGGCAGAUCCGUAUUCCAAAGGGGCAAAGACUUGCCACUAAAGAAGAAAUCAAAGGGAGACCAUAUUGUAAGUGGCAUAAUUCUUUCACACACACUACAAGUCAGUGUACUCAUUUUAGGAAGGAAAUUCAAAAGGCCAUCAAGACAGGUCGGCUCAAAUACAUCACUCUAGGUGUAGACCAGCAACCGUUUCCGAAUGUAACAACGGCAAUGGUUGACAUCCAACCAAGUUCGGAAACAAGGAAAAGUUCGGCCAAUGAUGGACAAAAAGGGGAACGAACUCAGCCAAGCCCCGGAACAAAGAAAGGAAAUCAGCCAAACAGUAGGCGACCGGAAGAACGACUCAAAGUUUGUGAGAAACCAGUCGCUGAAAAAUGGGACCACCCAGAUGGUUCUUUUAAUGUGGAGGUGAAAGAAAAGGUUUUGGUACGAGAUCACCCGACCAGAAAAACAGGGUCGGUCGGGAGCAAUUGGGCUCGAAAUAAAAAGCCUUUACCAGUUGAUUUAGAUCCUCGGUUCCCAGGUAUGAAUCGUACACAGAUUCGCAAUGCCAAACGCAGGUAUGCUGCAAAGUAUGGGAAACGAGUUCCUUUAGCAAAACGACUAACCGACGAACAAAAAGCAGCCGACCACUUGGCAGGAGAUCAGUCUAUUAGAGUCUUUACAGAACAAACGACUAACGAGCAAGGAGCAUCCACUCAAUCUCCAAAAGGUCGGUCCAGUCGGGUCUGUUCAGGAAAGCAACCGAACGACGGAUUAGGCGCUUACGACUAUGCCAAAGGAAGUUCGUCGGGAUUGGGGAAAGGUAAAGGGAUGGCAGAUGAAAUAAUUAAAGGUUUUAGAUGCCAACAUUGUGAACGAAUCAACAUCAAUCCAUCUCUUGAAGAAUUCCGUAUUGAAUCUUUGACGGUUCAAUCUCAAUCUCGGGAUAAGACAAAGGAAGAAGUAGUAACUACAGAGGAAAGUUCAAGAUCUGUUAAAUCUCGUCUGGGACCACGAAUCCCUUGUCGAAUGACAGAGAUUAAUCAGAUGAGUGAUGAACCGAUGUGGGCGAGUCUGGUAGAUGAAACUAUGGACGAACCUUUAUGGGCAUUCUUGGCAGAUGGUGAAUUAGAGGAGACAGAGGGGGCAAAGACCUCAGAUUCCGAUCCUCAGUCGGAAACACCUUCGAUUGUGUUUCCUCCUAUUCCAGAGGGUGCGAUCUCUCAUUUGAAACCUCUGUAUGUUAAUGCUCACAUUUGUGGGAAACCAAUCACAAAGGUUUUCGUGGAUAAUGGAGCAGUCUUUAAUGUUAUGCCAUUGAAGACUCUCAAGAAGCUAGGGAAAGGAAUUCAUGAUCUGUCUCCUGUGGAAUUCGAAAUGACAAGUUUUACAGGGCAGCCGACUAAGCCUGAAGGCAUGAUGGUUGCCACGAUCGAGGUCGGGCCAAAGAAGAUCUCCACUGUUUUCUUCAUUGUGGACGCAGAUACUACAUACUCUCUCUUGCUGGGAAGAGACUGGAUUCAUGCCUCUCAAUGUGUGCCAUCAACCUUGCACCAACAAUUAAUGUUCUGGGAAGGAAAUCAGGUCUUCAAAAUGGAAGCGAAUGACAACCCAUUCGAUGUAUCAGAACAAGUUGAAGAGUCAGUGUUUUAUUCCAGUCCUUUGGCUCCGAUGUCUCAAUUGUAUAUGGCCAGGGAAUACCCAAACAAGGGUUAUAAAGUCACUGGCCAGAACUCGAUGUUCUAUUAAAAGAACACCUUUAUU